CUGAAAUUAUUGCUGCUACUAAUUCCAUUCGAAUCGGAUAUGUCUCUUAAUUAAGAAAAAGGAAAGAGAGAGCGCGUGCAACGUCUGCUCGCUCCCACUUUGGAACAGUGAAUCCAUGUAUGCCACACAUAGGAUCUCGGCUGAACAUUAAAAUAACAUUGUUCACAAGAAGUUAGUCUUAAUGUAGUCAAAAACUCAAAACCGACCUUUAUUGCUUACUACCAAAAUUCCUCGAAAGAGAAAAAAAUUCUGCUACCAUCCCUCUCAAAGACAGCUGCUUUCCUCCAUCCUCAUCAACCCUCACUUUGAUGAUCUCUCCAACUCUUUGAGCUUCAUUCUCAUGUCCAAGCUUCAAUCUUUGUUCAAUUAUGUUAAACUUCUAUUAACAUCAGCUUUCUGAAACAUUACACGUGUUCCAGUUUCAGGAGUAAUUCUUCUGCAUAAAACUGCUUUUGGUUGGAAUUUCUGGAGGGACAUCAAACAGGAGUAAAGCAUUUGUUGUGUGGUCAGUGGUGUUUCGUUUUACUCGAUAUAUAUAAGAAAAGAAGAUGCAGAGGGUUCGAGUCUCCUCCCACCAAGCUCCAGUGCAUAAGCUAGGAGAUACUCAAAUGACUCUGUCACCAAAGUUUAGGGUAGCUACAAAGCAGUCAGCUCUGUUAGAUCCUUCUCUAGACAAUGAAUUAUGCCUCAGGGGUGAAUCUCUAAUUCCGGGACUUCCUGAUGAUGUUGCUCUGCACUGUCUUCUUCGAGUUCCAGUCGAUAAUCAUAAAGCAUGUAGGGCUGUUUGUAAACGUUGGCACUCGCUGUUUGGAAGUAAAGAGCGUUUCUUUACAUGUAGAAAUGAGCUGGGAUUUUCUGAUCCUUGGCUUUUUGUGUUUGCCUUUCACAAAUGCACAGGAAAGAUUCAAUGGCAAGUCCUUGAUCUCACUCACUUUGCUUGGCAUACAAUCCCCACCAUGCCUUGUAAGGACAAAGUCUGCCCUCAUGGAUUUAGGUGUGUCUCGAUUCCCUGGAAAGGUGUGCUCUUUGUGUGUGGCGGAGUGGUGUCUGAUGUGGAUUGCCCUCUUAAUUUAGUACUGAAGUAUGAGGUGAGGAAAAAUCGUUGGACAGUAAUGAAAAAGAUGAUCACUGCGAGGUCAUUUUUUGCGAGUGGAGUAAUUGAUGGGAUGAUUUAUGUGGCUGGAGGGAAUAGUGCGGAUCUUUUUGAACUUAAUUCUGCCGAAGUCUUGGAUCCUAUCCAAGGUUCUUGGCGUCCGGUUGCAAGCAUGGGAACUAACAUGGCGUCAUACGACACUGCAGUUCUAAACGGGAAGCUUCUAGUUACCGAAGGCUGGUUUUGGCCCUUUUAUGUCGUGCCUCGGGGUCAGGUAUAUGAUCCAGACACUGACCAUUGGGAGAAUAUGGCCAUUGGACUCCGAGAAGGCUGGACUGGGUCAAGUGUAGUGAUCGAUGGGCACUUGUUUGUGGUUUCGGAACAUGAAAGGACAAAGCUUAAGGUGUAUGACACGAAAAGUGAUUCUUGGGAGUUUGUUGAAGGACCUGCUUUGCCAGAGCAGAUAUGCAAACCAUUUUCUGUCAACUGCUGUGAUUCGAGAAUAUUCAUUGUUGGUCGUGAUCUUCAUGUUGCUGUUGGUUUUAUCUUCAGGAAGUAUACAGGAAACACCUCCGCGGAAAAGAACUACAGCUUUUCAGUUCGAUGGAAAGUGGUAGAGGCACCUCAACAUCUGACUGACUUGACACCUUCGAGUGCACAGAUUCUGUUUGCUUAGCUCUAAAGGGUGUUCAACUUUGUAGUGUAACUUGUGAAAUUUGUGUGUAAAAGAAUUUAGGUUUAUCGUGCAUAAUCUUGUGUGACUUCUACAGCAUGUCUUGACGGUACUCAAAACCUGCUAGAAAUGGUGCUGCAUAAGGCAGAUCAUAAACGAGCUGGUUUCUUCUUCAAUGUAUUUGUAUUGUAUGUUUAACAUACAAAAAAGGAUAAUUUCUAACACUUUAGUAUUCACGGUUUGAAAGCUACAAUUGUUGAAAUUCUGACAAUCUGAAUAUGAAGUUUUUUAUGUGUUGUUGAAAAUUCGAAUGAGGAACUGGCCUCAGAAAGUAAAAGACAUGGUUGAAUUGGCAAAAGGCCCAUUUACAUUUUAGGUGCAAUCUGGCAAUUUGUUGGGCCAUCAACAGGCCCAUAUAUAAAACAUUGUCAUCUUUGAUUGACAGUAUGUUAAUAGGAGGAACCUCCUAAUACUGCCAAUAGAUUACUUAAUUCUCAUAUAACCAUCAACUGAAAACAAGCUUAUUAUUUUGAGAAUUUUGGUAAAACAAUGAAGAACAAAGUAGAAUCAGAGCUUCUAUAUGAGAAGGCUUGUGGUAGCAAAGCAAGAUUCUUGCAGGCAAUUUGGAAGACGAUCUCUGGUAUUGCUGAAGUUAUCGUUGAUUCGGUGCUUUGAUGCAGAUCAACAAAGGGAAAUGGUUUUUUGGGUCUUCAGAUUUGGUCAAAGUAGCUAUUUUACCGUAAAAGGUCUUUAUCAUUUGUUAUGUGCUAGGAAAUGAUGUAACUUUAGGCUUUUAGCCUCCACAAUAUAUAUAUAAAAAAAAA